GUCUCCGGUCAAAAUAAUCAGACCCUUGUUCACACUUGCUGCAGCGUGCAGUCGUUGACUAAGUUUUAACCAGCCUUAAUAUCACACUUCAUUUCGGUCUACAGUUACAGUAGACGUCAACGGAGGGCAUGAAAGGAUUACUGGAAAUCAACGAGUGGUCUCACUGGAUUGCUUCACCAUGAAACUCCAAACAAUCCUCCUCUUUUCGUCCAUCACAGCCUGUCUUCAGGCUCCAGCGACUACGAAGGUAAAAGGGUACACACCUAGACAGGGAAAUGGAGGUCUGUCCGUUGGCGAAAAGAACGAAGGCCAGGAAAAAGCUCAAGUCAAUGCUGCAGGCCAAAAGUAUGGCAGGGAGAGGCCUAGUAUGGGAGGCAGACGAGCUCGGGGGGAUGGUGGUCACCUUGCUGCGCUGCGCAGUUCUACAUCCGCACCUACAGGGGCCCGCGGUAGCUGGAAGGUGCAUACUCAAAGGCCGAGAAACUUCCAUGUUCCCUGGCGAGACUUAUUCUCCACCGACAUGACUCAACGCUACGACAGUGAGGUGAUAGAUAGUAAAGAAAAGCAAGAAGCAAAGAUCUACAUACCUUACAGCGGGGAAAGUAUAAGGCUGCGAGCUGCCAGUGGCUUUUACGAUGCGGGUGUGGUGGAGGUCUACAGAGGCGGUGGAUGGGGGCUGGUGUGUGAUGACGGAUGGGACAUGAAGGAUGCUGCUGUGGCGUGUCGACAGUUGGGCUUUAAGCAUGGAGCUAUGGCGGCACCCUCCGAGGCCUUUUACGGACUGCUACCUGGCCGAUGGACCAAUGCUGACAUCAUCAUGGAUGAUGUUGAGUGCUCGGGGCAUGAGCGCAGCCUUCACCUCUGCGACUACGCCGACCGCCAUGACUGUACUGUGGAUGAGGCUGCUUCUGUUGUCUGCAAGUCCAGUCCAGGUUGCCCCAAGGGAUGGAUUGCCGGUCCGGAUAGUUGUUAUCGCUUCUUGACUAACUCCAACAGCCUCAACGCCGCCGCCAGUUCCUGCUUGUCGCUGGGUGCCAGCUUGGUGGCGGUGGAGACGGAGCUGGAGAACCACUUCCUGUCUAACGUCAUCUCUCUAACUGCCAUUCGUUCAAAAAACUUAUGGUACACGAGCGGGAGGAAGAGCGAUGGUGGCUGGCAGUGGCACCAAACAAUAUUGCCAAAGCCUCGGGUGAGAGUCGUCAACUCAAAGGUCAGAGGAAGAACAAACAACGUCCGCAAACGCCCCGUCAACUCUCGUCCAGCCAGACAGCGAGUGCGACUUGCCAAAAUACCGAUGGGAGUGUCCCUAUGGUUCCCAGGCUGGUCGCCGUCAGCCUAUGGCAGAGAGCCCUCAGCAAAGAAAAGUCACACCUGCCUAGCGUUGACAGAUGUAUACACACUUCCUAAUGGCACAGAAGUCAGUGUUGAUUACUUCUUCUGGAAGGCGGUUCUUUGUCACCUGCGUGAAGCAACCAUCGACUUUAUCUGUGAACGUCCUGCACAAAGCCAAGCAGAAGAGUGCUACACAGGCAAGGGCGAGAAUUAUAGGGGUGUUCACAAUCACACUGAGCUCAAUACAGUCUGCAUACCCUGGUCUGCCACUACAGCCAACGCACUCACACACCCAGGCAAGGGUCUUGGAGACCACAACUACUGUCGUAAUCCUGACAACGAUAAAAAACCUUGGUGUUGGGUUGCUCUCGGCAAGUUUGGAUACUGCCCUGUUCCACAGUGCUCUGAAACAACACCAGAACCAGCUACAACGACAUCACUUUCUUUAGCUCCAGAUUGUCCUUCUGGUGAGUUCUUCUGCAGCAGCGAUUACGCAUGUAUUGCUGAACAUUUGCACUGUGAUGGUGAGAAUGAUUGCGAUGGAGGUGAAGACGAAGUGGACUGUGAAUACAAAAGCAAUCUGUUUGAAGAGCACGAGGGCCAGAUACCCUUAGGGUCUCUGACUAACAUAACCUACCUUAAUAUACCUUUGGAAAUGUGUGCCUCGCUGUGUGCGAAGAAGUCUUAUGUCAUCUGCACAUCCUACAUUUACAAUAAAGUACAGCGUCGCUGCCAACUGCUGGACGAGCGUAACAUCACAACAAGACUCCUGAUACCAUCCAAACACGACAACUACUACAGUCUGUUAUCAAUGACUGCAAGCUGUGUUGGUGGCUACAGGUGUGGAAAUGUCCGGUGUGUACACAACAGCCGUGUCUGCGACGGAAACGACGACUGUGGGGACAAGUCCGAUGAAGAGCAGUGUGAUGCGACCCCUCCUCCAAUGGUUGUGCGGUUGGCUGAUGGGGAGGAACAUUCAGGACGAGUGGAGGUGCAUUACUUAAAUGAAUGGGGCACAGUUUGCGAUGACCACUGGGACAUUCGAGAUGCUCACGUUGUCUGCAGAAUGCUGGGAUACUCGCGAGCAGUCAGGGCCUCAGUGCUGUCACAGUUUGGACCAGGAGAGGGUAACAUACUCUUAGACAAUGUUGACUGCUCUGGCACGGAGACUUCCUUACAAGACUGCCCUUCGUCUCCUUGGAAACAACACGACUGUCACUCGUUUGAGGUAGCAGGUGUAGAAUGCCUCGCCACCAAAGUUGUUUUUGAUGGCAGCCUGUCAGAUAAGUCCAGUUCACAUGCAGUCUCAACUACAAAGCUGUCAAAUGCAUUGAUGCACAUCAAAGCGCGGGUGGAAUUAGUGAAUGGAACAAGGAAAAACGAAGGACGAGUUGAAAUCAUUCGAAACGGUCUGCGGGGCACCGUGUGUGACGACCGGUGGGCAACGGCACAGGCCGAUGUUGUCUGCAGGAUGCUGGGAUUCAGACACGGAGGAGAAGUGGUCUUGAGCAAUGAAUUUGGAGCCGGUGAUGGGGUCAUAUGGUUGGACGAAGUCAACUGCAGCGGCACAGAAAGCUCACUGACCGCAUGUCACCACAGCGACUGGACAAUCAACGACUGCAGCCACUCUGAAGAUGUUGGUGUAAGGUGUUACCUAACUUCCACUACAUCUUCUACGUCAACAACAACUACUCCUACAACUACUCCCGAAGCAGUGCGCGUGCAUCUGGUGGAUGGAGCCACACCUAGUCAGGGCCGUGUGGAACUUGAGAUAGGUGCUUACCGAGGCACCGUGUGUGAUGAUUCCUGGGACAACAAAGAUGCUGCAGUAGUGUGCAGGAUGGCUGGCUACGUAGAUGGGGGCAAAGCGGUAGGAGGGGGUGUGUACGGAGAAGGAUCGACCAUGUCCCCCAUCCUUCUAGACGAAGUCGACUGUAUGGGAACAGAGAUGAGUCUGAUGGAGUGCAGCCAUCUUGGUCUGGGCAACCACAACUGUCUACACCACGAAGAUGCUGGGGUUAUCUGCCAAACAGAUACAAGCGGGUAUAGUCAGAGUCCUGAAGUAACCCAGCGACAGGAGACAACAACUCCGACUGAUACAUCCGACAGAAUACAGUGUGGAAGACGGCCACUGGACAACUUUCACCACCGGGGACAAGAGAGGGCUGGCUUGAACACGUCAGCCAUUCGCCAGCUGAAGGAACAUCGAUAUGAAAAGAUUGUCGGGGGCUCUAUAGCUCGCUAUGGCAUGUACCCGUGGCAGGUCGGAGUUCAGAAGGUCUAUAGCAUUGAUGAAAAUGGCUACAAAACAACAGGCCAUUGGUGUGGAGGCACUAUCAUCAACAGGCAUUGGGUUCUUUCUGCAGCCCACUGCUUUCUGAGCCUUGGAAAGUCUCAGGUAAUGUUAAAGGUUGGUGACUACAGCCACAAGGUCAGUGACCCAGGAGAACAAACACUGGAAGUAGAAGAACUAAUUUCGCAUCCAAGCUAUGAUUAUGAAACUCACGAUUAUGACAUUGCACUGUUGAAAGUAAAAUCUGUGGUUGGUGAAAGCAUUGCAUACAAUAACUAUGUGCAAGCCGCAUGUCUGCCCUCCCUUGACACUAGCUACACGUCCAGAACAAAAUGCUACAUUUCUGGCUGGGGAGAAACAGGAGCUGGAAAUACCAAUAUCCUACGUGCAGCAGCCGUUCCAGUUUUGUCUCACAACCUCUGCAGCUAUUUGUACAAGGGGGAACUAACCCGCCGCAUGCUUUGUGCUGGGUACAUAGAGGGAGGCAUUGACACAUGUCAGGGAGACAGUGGAGGUCCCCUCGUCUGUGACAUAAAUGGAGUGUAUACCAUAGUAGGUGUGACAUCAUGGGGCUUUGGAUGUGGGAAUCCACGUUCACCCGGGGUGUAUACCGACACAUUGGAGCUACUGUCGUGGAUUGAGGAAACAAUUCAACGCCAUUCAUAAAACUUGAUUGACAGAUGCAAUAUUUUGUGACACUUCCAUGAUAGAUCAUGAGGACAUUUUAUUGGAACCAAUCAGAGAUUUUUUUGAUGAAAGUUAAUAUGUAAUAUUUUGUAAAGAUAAUGGUAAGAAGACUUAUACAAAACUCUAAUAGCUGUUUAAAAACAAUGAUGAUAGUAACUUUUGAAACAAAAUUAUUAUAGUCACUUUUUAAUAAAAUAUUAUGCUCAAUAAAUAAAUUGCAAAUCGAUGAUUCACUUUGUGAAGAAGUGCUGCCUUAGGAAUGUAAAUGUUCAUUGUAUGUAUAUAUAGAUAGAUAUCUUUAACCAGAAAAAGUUAUACUUUCACAAACUCUCAACACUGUAUGCCCUUGGCGCAGUUAACACAGGGAAGUUGAGAACGGAAGAUUAUGCAAUAUGAACUAACCAUGUAUACAGAAAUAAGUAAGAGUAAUCUUCUGGUACGAUAUAAUAUGCUUUGAGUUAGCGUCUGUGUCAGCUUCUUCGUCUCUCUAAACCAGAGUAAAUUCAUCUUGUAGCCCUAUUGCGGUCCCUACUGAAAAUGUCCCCUGUAGUACCGCUCAGCCACAUCCCCCUGGACAGGGAGAUCAAGAAAUGAAUGUUCCCUGUAUGUGUCAUAGAACCCAAAAACAUCCAGUGACAAACGCACCCCUCUGGGUGGGAAGCAGGAGGAAUGAAUAUUCUGUGUUGUGGAAACCAAAAAUAUUUGCUGACCAACGCCACAGAGAUGAUGUCCCAGCGCACGGAAUGCUUCCUGUAGUCAGUAUCUGACAGCAAGUGUUUUAUUUUCUCUCUAGUUUAUUUCUCCUCCAUAUAGAUGUCAAGUAAACAACCAGAGUACUACGAGCCCAGUGAGAACAACAGUAUAUCAAUAAAAUAUGAGGUUUCAAAAAAAGGGUUGCAGAUCUUGAACGCCAAAAAUAUACCAGCUAUAAAUUUAGUAUUCAAAAGCCUUAGGUGGUGGUGGGGAAGGGCGUCAAUGCCUCUAACAACAACAACAA